CAGCGAGACUGUCACUCAGCCCGACAGGAAGUGUGACCUCAUCCUGCCGCUCAGCCCCUGGUUUCGCAGGCUGCUUUUGAACGAAAACAAGAACAGUUUGAAGGCAGACUUUCCCAAGAACUACAUGCUCUUCUGUUCUAGGAAACAGCCAAAGGAACCAGAGGCGGCUGAGGACGGAAUCCCGCAAACGCCUGCACCUGCACCGCGCUGGCAUCGCCGAGAAGGAGGGGAAGGUGGGGUUUCCCCCAUCAGGCGACCUCUGCACCUGUUGACAGCCCGGCAUUCGUCCGUCCGUUGCAGCUGAAGAGCGGCUACAUCCUGGAUUAUUCUGCUGACCGUCUUGCUCGGGAGGCUUCGUCUUUCAGAAAUCUGUGAAGUUUGAACAAGCAGCCUUCCCAAGAUGUCCCGAACAUCUCAACUGAUGUCAACACCGGUGGCAAGUCAAUGUUCCUCCGGGUCCGAGAGAGAAUCUGCUGGAGAGCUGUCUCCCACGUGCAUUUUCCCAAGCUUUGCCUGUGAUUUCCUGGCUGGUGACGGUUCCUUUGACUGCUGCUCCCUAGAUCCCCUGACAGGCUCCUACCUUCCCUGUCGCCGAAGUCCCAGGCUCCUCACCAACGGCUACUACAUUUGGACAGAGGACAGUUUCCUCUGCGACAGAGAUGGCAACAUCACACUGAGCCCAUCCCAGACCAGUGUGAUGUACAGGGAGAACUCAGUGAGGAUAUUUAGGAAGAAAAAGAGGAUCCGAGCUAGAUCCUGGCUGCGGGGAAGCAUCUUCGCUGAUGCUGACUCGUCCCCGGGCGAGGCCAGCUGGCUGGAGGGAGCCGGCAGCCUGGAUGCGCAGCCUUGCAGCGACAGUGGCGGUGAUUUUGACUGUGCGCUGACUGAUGACUGGGCGUCGGAGCGGCUGGAGGCAGAGUCCGUGGCCGCCUCCUCCCCGGGCCACGUCACACCUGAGACUCCCAGAGAAGACUCCCUCCGCGGGGCCCUGCAGCCCCGGGGGACAGCUUCUGAGCAUCUCCAAGGGAAUAUUUUGGAUCAUUCAAAAACCAGUUCGUUGGGAGAGAUCUCCUUUCAGACAGUCCUGCUUGCUGCAUGCUUGGCCAUGUCUGCCUGUGCAAGGUGGCUGCUGGGAGGACUGGUAGCCGGUGUCUUCACGUGCUCCUUGACCAUCACGAUUGCCUAUGUUGUCAAGUCCCUGCUGCUCAGCCUUGCCAGCUACUUCAACGCCGGCCCCUGCGCUCGGUUUGCCAAAAUUUGACAGCCAUUCAGGAGUGCCUGUGAUGAAUGUCUUCAAUCUGAAUCUCCGGAAAUUGUCCCAUUUCCAGUCGGCUUGGAAUCAACUGCUUUACUGGAAGGGAGUGAGCGACUGGAUACUCGAGAAAAGCCAUUUUCAUUGGGUUAUGUGGUGUGUGUUGUGUUUGUUUUUU